GACAGCCUCACACAACAUCUCUAUUGCCGCAACCCGGGAUCUACUUUAACUGCAACUUCACUACCAAAUACAAUUAAAAUAUACGGCAACCACGAAUAUGGAGGACCAACAAAGAUACGGCUACCAUUCUUUUUGUCAUACCUGCUCAAGAACAGAAAACAGAAGAAUUAAGAUCAGAAAGAUGCCCGCUUCCAGUCGAGCGCUGAUGUUCACCAUGGCUUUGGCACUGUAUUUCGUUGAACUGGCCUCAGCCGAGACGUUGUGUGGCGGAGAACUGGUAGACGCGCUGCAAUUCGUAUGUGGAGACAAUGGGUUCUAUUUCAGUAGGCCCACCAGCCGGGGAAACAGCCGGCGGCCCCAGAAAGGGAUCGUGGAGGAGUGCUGCUUCCGGAGCUGUGACCUGAUGCUGCUGGAGCAGUACUGUGCCAAGCCCACCAAGUCCGAGCGGGACGUCUCGGCCUCCUCGCUGCACGUCCUCCCCGUGCUGCCCACGCUGACCAGGGAUGUCCCAAGAAAGCCUUUGACCGGGAAGUAUUCCAAAUAUGAGGUGUGGCAGCGGAAGGCAGCCCAGAGGCUGAGGAGAGGGAUCCCCGCGGUGCUUAGGGGCAGGAAACUCCGGCGGCAGGGAGACAUGGCCAGGGCCCAGGAGCAGGCCCAGUCCCACCGACAUCUGAUCACCCUUCCCGCCCGGCUCCCGAAAGCCCUGCCCCCCACGGAACACCGACAGCAGCACCAGGCCAGCCGCAAAUGAAGUUAGGAUUGUUUGCGCGGACAAAAAAAAAAAUAAUACAAAAAAAAAUCGACAAAAAAAAAAACAUCUGGAAGAGGAGGAAAAAGGACAAGGGGGAUUAUAGCUUUGUUCCUGGCAUCAUUCUGUGGCAGUCUUCCCUCCGUUCAGACACACAGUCACACACACACACCGACCCGUCCCUCACACACAACACACACCCCAAACAGUUAAAACAAUAAGAGUUAACAGUCGGACUGAAAUUCAGGUGGAUUCUAAUAAAGGAAAAGAAAAAGAAGAGGAGGGAAGAUGAAGGAGAUUUACAGCUUGGCAUACACUGAAGAGGCACAGCAGAGUGGUUCUCGCUGGGGAAGACUUCAUUCCAUGCCAAUUUCCUGAGAAAAAGGCCAUCUCUUUCUUAGUUUGUUUCUUAUUAGUUUGCACCUGUAACUGUUAAGAGGGAAAUCCACACUGUUAAGGAAUUGUUUUGUUAAAAUUAGAUUCCUGUUCCAGCACCUUUUUGAUCACAAACAAAAAAAAAGCAGAGGAAAACGUCUGCAAAUUGCACAUCGCCACGGAUUACUUCAAAGUUCUUGUUUCUAAGUAAAAGAGAAAAAAAGGCACUAUUUUUUUAUGAACAAUGAACGUGUAGCUCAAAAACAAAUGUCAUGGUGCUACCUUUAGGAAAGGACUUAAAGGGGAGGAAGUUUGAAAAAAGCAUGUUUUUCUUUGAAUAAUUAUUAAAACUUUCCGUUUUAGAGAAAGUGAGACUUUGAAAAAAGAAAAAAAAGGAAAAGAAUUGCUUGUUUCUGGCAGUAGGAAACUGGGAUGUCACUGCACGCAGUGAUGGUGGCUGUACAAUGACGUAGCAGGUCGAUGCAGAGUAUGGUCUGCAGUCAGAGUCCUGUCGUGGUGCAGAGAAAGUGGGGAAAUCUGGAGAAAGCAAAAGCACGAGGUGGACUUCCUGGAACACAGGCCUACUUCCUGUUUGUGCAUAAACACUGUCCUGUGCCCAAGACACUGAGACACUAUGGACACAAAGCAAGCGUGAUGUAUUUGUUGGCUUUUUUUUGGUUAUUUUUGUUUUAAGACCCUGUCAGAUUCUGGUACCAUGACAUUCCGUGUCUGCAAGAUGACUUUUUUUUUUUCCUUUUUUUUUCUUUUUUGUUAUUUUUUAUUGUUGUUGCUAUAUUAUUUUACAUUUCUUAAAAAAAGGCACAAACUUCAAGUCAAAGGGAAAAAACAGCAAUAAUGUCAACUAACAUUUUAUUUUUUAUUGUGUAUCAGUAGUAUUCACAUGCUUUUGCUUGAAAACAAAUACUUGAAUAUGUAUUAUUAGUUUCCAGGGACGUUAUGUUAUUUCCUUUUAGUCUGAGCUGUGUCUUGCAAAAUGAGCCGCCAAGCUUUUUUUGUUCUUUAAAUACAAAUAAUGGCACUGUAUAAAGGCAUUAUUUAUUUUGUCAUAAAAUAUAUAUGAAAAAUUGUCCAAAUAAUAUACUUAGCACUGAUACGCAACUGACAGGUUUAUUUUGUACUUUCUCUUUUUUCCUCUUUUGACUUGUCAUGCAUUUUGUAGACGCUUUGUACCAAAAAUCUCCCUUUUUUUCUUUUGCCACCAAGUUAAGUCAAAUUGGGAUUUUGAAAGGAUGCAGUAGCCUGGAUUGCUUUGGCAUCUGAUGUCACAAAUUAGGCACAUACUCUUUCCCACAGAACUGUGUGUUCUUCCCAUAGUGGGGUCCCGGAAGAGGCAGGAGGGGUGAUGUUCCGGAACAGUUGGGCACACACUCAGCCCAGCCACUUUAGUAUUAAUGUUCUUAGGAUCUGACCCUUUGUGCGACCAACAAUGGAUGCAAUGUGUCUGGUGUGUUUUUGUCACCUCCAUCCUGGGUAAUGUGGUUGUCUUGACGAGCGGGCCUGUGUUACGGCCUGGUGUUCUCGCAGUACAGUAUCCUGCCCAACAGUGUUACCAAUUUUCAAGAAUUCUUGAAAUACUCCGAAAUAAAAAAAUGGCAUGCCAUUCUUUCUCCAUAAGGUUCCCCAUGUUAUAACUAUGCGUGUGUUAGUGUAUGUGUGCGUGCAUAUUUGUGUGUGUGCAUGCGUGUGUGUGUGUGUGUGUGUGUGUGUGUGUGUGCGGAUGCGUGUGGAGGGGGCAUGGUGUGGCAUUUUCUGUCCUGUCCAUGGUGAGUGUGAGCAUGCAGAAAUGUGGAGUACUCAGGAACAUGCGCGGCUCAUUGCAGACAUGUAAAGCCAGGAUGGGGCAAUACCUUCUCCUGACUCUUCUCCGAUCUGUAGCCCAUCUGAUCGGACCUGCGCCAGAGUGUUCUGACGCUUGCCACGUGAAGCGGACCUUGCUCGGUCCUGCCUGGCCAAUCGGGGACAGAGGUAAAAGGAGCAUUCACCCAAUGUUCUCAGCCUGCUCGCAUCUGCACACACCGUCUGUGUGUGUGUGUGUGUGUGUGUGUGUGUGUGUGUGUUUGUGUGUGCUGGGGCCGGCUGUUCAUGUGCCAACAGGCAUCUGCAGUCAAAUGGCAUGAAUGUCAAUGUCAAUUUGGGCCUUGUGCCCUGCUCUGCCUCUGUGUGUGACCACCUGCGUAUAAUGCUGGUAUCUGUGCACACCCGCAGAUUAACCCACUAAAGUCCAUCUCUCUUUGUAACAUCAUUUGAUUUCAGUUGUGUCACAAACCAGUGCAAUUAUUAUUAUUAUUAUUAUUAUUAUUAUUAGGGUUGUCCCGGUAACUUUUUUCAAACAACUUCACAUAUGGCUUAUCAAAUGGUGGUUUUUUUUUAUUUCAGUUGUCUUCUUUAUGCUAGGACUGCAUUUAUUAUUACAUUUUACAAACAGGCUCCUUUAGUUUUUUUUGUGAAUGGCGUAGAGGGCCGCUUGUGGUUGUUGAAUAUGAAGGGAUGGUGCUGUGCCUAUGUCAGUCCCCCUCCCAGCCUGUGGGGAUUUCAUUCAGUUUAACCUCUGCACGCUAGGACAUCCACAAAUGCACAAUCCAUGUACCUUCAUUUUUAAUAUCAAUAAAAACAGGUUAUCAUAUUUU